AUGAGUGGAUGGAAUCGGCCCUCGAGACCGCGGCUGGGUCGCAAUUCGAAUUCGCAGCCCGAGCGUACGUCAACGGUUCGACUUGGACGAGUCCAGCCCCAGGCGCCGGGUCACCGCACUAUUUUCUGCAAUGAUCGCGAGGCCAAUCUCCCCGUCAGAUUCCCGGGGUACAAGUCAGCCAAUACAGCGCAUGAGAAGGGAUUUAACUUUGAUGAUGCCAAGCUUAUGCGAGGAGCUUGGAGGAAUGAGCCUAAUCCUGAUCUUUGUAAGGUAGAUUUUGUUAGUUGUUAG